UCCCACUUAGUUUUGUGUCGAAACGUAAAGUGAUAAUUACUUUCAAUGUGAUUAUUUGUUUUCUUAAAAUUAAGGUAUAAACGGAUAUACUAGGCAAGGGCUCAGAUCAUGGAAGCGGGUACAGAAUCUGGACGCAAACUGGUGUGUAGCAUUACCCUAUUAUAGCUAGCCGAGUUUGAUUACUGUACGCGUUAGCUGAGCUAUCAGUAGGCUAUCAUCAAUAGCUAGCUAGCGUUACAGUGAUCCUCAUUAGUCAGAAGUGCCAUGUCAAUUUCGUUAAAAUGUUGACAAAGUUCAGCUUUAUGUAGUUACUUACAUUUUACUUGUUUGGUCAAUUAUAUAGCUAGGUAGCUAGCUACAUUACAUGAUUCACAAGCCCGCUCAGCGAAACAUUAAGGCAAGUGCAGCAGUUUCAACAUUGUUGUGCAUCUAUUUUAGCACGUUAUGUCAAUGUUGAUCCAUGAUAUGAUAUCAGCGAUUAAUUGAGGUUAUUAACUAACAUUGUUUAAUAAUCUGUAAAGGUGUUUGCAGCAGAAGGCCCAUCUACAACCACACAUUGAGGUUUAGCCUAGCCAUGUGCACGUGCACCACUGUUUUAUUGUGAUCUCUCAAGCCUACACAACAAUGCACUGCAUGGCCUACUCUUUUCUAAUUGGAAAAGACAGCUCUUAUUCAAAGCUAUGCUUACAUGUUCAUUAUAUCAUAUUUUAAAAACACUGUUAGUAAGAUGUAAUAAAUAAUAUAUUGAUAUUGAUAGAUACUUUUAUAACAGCUAUUUUCAUUCCUGUAGCGCUCCAUCUGCCGGACAAUGUACGACGAAAAUGAGGACUUCUCUGACGUUGAAGAAAUUGCUAAUGUCAGGGGUUUCAAUCUGGAGGAGAAACUUGUUAGCGACUCAUACAACACACAUUUCGUUCAGUUGAUGGACGGCAAAGGUACACAUCUGUUUCAUUCAUAAAAUGUUACCACACACUCACAAUCCCCCAUGCAGACUCUUAACUGGCUGGACAUGCACAAUUUCUAAAAAAAUUAUGGAUUCACACGUGAGGGCAAAAGUUCCCAUUGGUUAAUUCGUUUUUGUGCAGGAUGUCCUCACAAAUCCAUGAUAUGCACACACGUCGCACAUUGAUUUACCUGAAUAUAUAUGCAGAAGUUAUAAUGGCUCACUGACUACCUACACUUUUUCUUCUUCUCAGAUUUCACUUAUGAGUAUGUCCAGAGAGAGGCACUUCAGACCCCUCUUAUUUUCAAAGCCAGAGAUGGACUAGGGAUCAGGUGAGACAUGAGUAAAAUCUGAUGGCCUGUGAACAAUACAAUCAUGUUUAGCCUAUUAUAUACUAUUUUUCUUACUUGGUUAAAUAUUAGGCUUUAUGGAAUGGUUUGAUGUUAAUAUGCUUAUCAUGACUAUAUUCUUUAAAAAAAACAGAAUGCCAGACCCGGAGUUCACCGUCAGUGAGAUUAAAGGUUUGGUUGGUAAGUCUAUCUGUUUUUAAAUAGCAGGCAAAAAAGUAGGUAAAUUAUUCCUUUCCCUGCAUCAAUACUUAUCUUAGACUCAUCAUUUAGUUUAGACAGCAGUGCCAACCUACUCCACAAUACCCUGCAUUUCUUGAUGAAUGAAAAGCAUGCUACUGGAAAAGGUGUCAAAAAGUGUGUGGAUGUUGAUGUAAACUUCUGUAAGCCUGUAAUGCAAAAAUGAGACGACUCCAGACAUUUGCAAUGCAGAUCCAAUAUAUAUAGGCCUAUUCAUAUAGAUUCUAUAUUUUAAUCAGACUGAUAUCAGUUACAGUUAAAUGGCUCUUUUUACUUGAGCUAAAUUACCACUUAUUUGAUAUCUCCAGGGCUCUACAGUGUGACCAUUUUAGUCGCAUAUGCGCUUAAAUAUUUUUCUGUGCGACCUGGAAUUUUAAUUAAGGACCACCAUUGCGCUUAGAAAAAUGUAGGAUUCUAGCUUUACUACCUCAAAGAUUUUUAAUUGUUCUCCUACAUUUCUUUGUGUGCGCCAACAUUUUCAAUUUAGUGCACGUGGUCCUUGUUAAAAAGGUCAGUGUAGACUUGCCCUGCUCUCAUGUCAGAUGAUGAUAGUGUUCAGGGCAAGUUUUACUUUUUUAUUAUGGUACAUAAUGUAUGUGUGCAGUGGUUCAGCAACUCCACCUGUUGGUAAAGGUGAUGAACAACAUGCAUACAAAUUGUAUAGUUGUACCCAGGUUUACCUUAAGAUUGCUGUGUUGGUGUUUGCAGGUAGCCGUCGUGCCGUUGAUGUGAUGGAUGUGAGCACUCAGAAAGGCUCUGAGAUGAGCAUGGCCCAGUUUGUCCGCUACUACGAGACGCCUGAGAAAGAGCGGGACAAACUCUUCAAUGUUAUCAGUCUAGAGUUCAGUCACACCAAACUGGAGAACCUCAUCAAGAGGCCCACUGUGGUGAGAUGGCACUGGCAGUUUUUAUUUCAUGUGUUCAUUAUGAACGAGGGCAAAUUUGAUCGUGAAUGCCAACUGUCAACUCUCUUAUAGGUGGAUUUAGUGGACUGGGUGGACAACAUGUGGCCCCUAAAACUAAAACGAAGACAAACUGAAGCCACUAAUGUCAUCUCAGAGAUGAAGUACCCCAAAGUACAGAAGUAAGUCGUUUAGAAAUGUCAUUAGUUAUUGCAUAGUAUUUCCCAUGCAAUGUCAAAGUUUCUUUUUGAUGUUUUAGCCUGUUUACAAAACGUAGUGGAUUGUACCUAACAGGAAAAUGCUCAAGCACAGGCCAAAUUUUAUUUUAAAAAGCUGUCAGAAAAUUGCUGCUUUGCUGGGAGGAAAUAUUAGCCUACUCCUCCUCCUUUUUCCGAAGUCCCUCAGCCCGCUUCGCACUGCUGUUGUUCACUUCCUCUGAUGGCUCUAGAUGGUUGCUAGGCAGCGGGGCUCUUUCAUGGUGGAGGGCGGUUCUUCACAGGGUGCAGAAGUGACUACGGAUCCUCCUCAGCCAAUGAGCUGCCAGCAUUAGGGCAUAGCUCGCACUCCAGAGCCAAUUGUGCCCUCCCUUUCAUCCUCUCUCUCCACUCUAUCUUGCUCUCUUUCUUUCACUCUAAUAUUCUCUCUCCUUCUCCCAGUUUCUUACUCUCUCUCUUUACUAAAUGGAGCCCUCCGUAGAUGGAGAGGCAGGGAAAUAAAAGCCAGAAAUAAAAGCCAUAGCAGUUCUCUCCUGUCUGGUCGGUGACCAGCGCAUGGGGGGGGGCUGGUCCUGAGCGAACCGGCUCAGAGAGAGGAAUAACUAUCGGGUACGUCUCUGUCUUUCAUUGGAAAAAUCUGCUGGUAUUUAGAAAUGUCGGGAGUACUCUACCAUGUCAUUUCACUUCGAUUUAUUUCCCCCCUCUUUUAAUGGAUACGCUCAUGGGCUGGUGUGAUUGAUUGUGAGUGUUGUUUGUAGUGGGAUGUUGGGCUCUUAGCCCAGGGUCUGGUCACUCUCUGUCCAUAGGAGAAACUGCUGCCAAUAGGAUGGGGAUCUGUGUGUGUGAUUAUGUGAGUGUCUCACAGGUUCAGCAGAUGGGCCCUCAGUUUAUAAUAAUUGCAACAGACGGGGGUGGAGAUAGUUCUAUCAUAAACAUCUGUGAAUGUGUAGGAGGCCUAUAUUUGCUUUUUUGUGUUUAUUUGUCUGUGUUUGCAAGUCUGGUAUUCAUAAUGUAAAGAGAGUGAAUAUGAAGUCUGUAAGCCAUACAGUAUUAUGCGUCAUGUUCCGUUGAGUGUAGAUGAUAUUUAUGUCUAUACAAUUGGCUCCAAUCAAGCACCGUCCACAGGGUAUGUCAUGUUGUUGCAAAAUGGAGUGAUAGCCUUCCUUCUUCAAUAUCCCUUUUACCCUGUUCAAAUCUCCCAUUUUACCACCACCAAAGCACCCCCAGACCAUCACAUUGCCUCCACCAUGCUUGACAGAUGGCAUCAAGCACUCCUCCAGCAUCUUUUCAUUUGGUCUGCGUCUCACAAAUGUUCUUCGUUGUGAUCCGAACACCUCAAACUUCGAUUUUUUCUGUCCAUAACACUUUUUCCCAAUCUUCCUCUGUCCAGUGUCUGUGUUCUUUUGCCCAUCUUAAUCUUUUAUUUUUAUUGGCCAGUCUGAGAUAUGGCUUUUUCUUUGCAACUCUGCCUAGAAGGUCAGCAUCCCGGAGUCGCCUCUUCACUGUUGACGUUGAGACUGGUGUUUUCGGGUACUAUUUAAUGAAGCUGCCAGUUGAGGACCUGUGAGGCAUCUCUUUCUCAAACUAGACACUAAUGUAUUUGUCCUCUUGCUCAGUUGUGCACCGGGCCUCCCACUCUUCUUUCUAUUCUGGUUAGAUCCAGUUUGCGCUGUUCUGUGAAGGGAGUUGUACGAGAUCUUCAGUUUCUUGGCAAUUUCUCGCAUGGAAUAGCCUUCAUUUCUCAGAACAAGAAUAGACUGACGAGUUUCAGAAGAAAGUUCUUUGUUUCUGGCCAUUUUGAGCCUGUAAUCAAACCCACAAUUGCUGAUGCUCCAGAUACUCAACUAGUCUCAAGAAGGCCAGUUUUAUUGCUUCUUUAAUCAGCACAACAGUUUUCAGCUGUGCUAACAUAAUUGCAAAAGGGUUUUCUAAUCAUCAAUUAGCCUUUUUAAAAUGAUAAACUUGGAUUAGCAAACACAACGUGCCAUUGGAACACAGGACUGAUGGGUUGCUGAUAAUGGGCCUCUGGACGCCUAUGUUGAUAUUCCAUUAAAAAUCAGCCGUUUCCAGCUACAAUAGCCAUUUACAACAUUAAAAAUGUCUACACUGUAUUUCUGAUCAAUUUGAUGUUAUUUUAAUGGACAAAAAAUUGCUUUUCUUUCGAAAACAAGGACAUUUCUAAGUGACCACAAACCUUUGAACGGUAGUGUAUAAUAAAGAAAUGUCAAUAGAAAACAGGUAAAAUGAAACCAAAUGCAGCUAGUUUGCAGUCUAUCCAGCUUCAGUUUGAAGUGAUUGUGUUAGCUGUGUUGUUGGCUAGCUUCUCUGAACAACAGUGUCCUGACGAGAGAACACAUUUUCUAUGCCAGGCGAAAUCGCACCUCAUUAGCUCAUUGUAAUGGAUGUAUCCAAAUAAAUGUCACUAGAAAACAGCUUAAACAAACUCAAAUGCAGCUACUUUGCUGUAUUCUGGCUGCACUGUUUGACGUGACUGUAAUUUAGCCGUAGUUGGCUAGCUAGCAAGCAAGGGAUAAGAACUUUUCCAGCCAGUAUGGCAAUGGAACAUUUAGAAUGAACGACUGGGUCGCGCCCUUAGAUACAGAACAAAAAUACUUUAACAGUUGGGUCGCGUCUCUGGCAACCUAACCGAUAGAACGAAAGACCAGCCGGCUUGGGUAGCAACCUCAGAUUUGUAUCGGGACUAUAUCUCGUGGAAGGAUGAAAUAGUAUGGAUGAGGUGUCCUUCUCCCUCAGAGUAUGUGCUUACACUGGCAGUUACCACCAUUACCUCAGUCAAGGUCAUACUCCUGUAAACCCUCUCCUCGGGUCUCUCUGUGGGAGGGAGCAGAUACACCACAGUGGGAAGGAUGACAAGCCUGUAUCUCUCUGACUGGCCUCAUACAGUAGGAGCCAGCGGAGGCUGGAGAACUAUAACUUAGCCCCCGACUUAUGUAACUAGACCAAAUUAAAUGAUAUGUACGGAUGAAAUUAGCUGCGUUGACAGGAUGGGAAUGGUCUGUAUUUUAUGAGCUCUUGCGACUGACUGGAUCAGAGGAGGCAAACAAGCUUGUAUUGAUCAGUUGGUGUUAUGGAGGCUCCCUGGCGGACUCAUGCUGCCAAGAGAGGUUAUUUGUCCUGCAACAGGAACCGGGGUUGUGUCGAUCAGUGUUUGGUAUAGAAUUGGUGUAUUGUUUGUUCGUCACUGAUGUUGGAUGUCCCAUGGCUUGAAUAGUGGAAUUACAACCCUGUAAAAGGCUUUGAAUUAGAAAUAUCACAACCUUUUUUAUCAAACACUCAGUGUGUGGUAUGGAUGGACCUGUAGCUAGCAAUAAUAUUACCUGAUGUAGGGUCUAGAUCUGAGAAACCUGGCGAGUAGAAUACCUGUGCUGACUUUAAAAUGAUCCCAGGGGAAUGGAUACACCAUUUUGCAGUAGCCUACAUACAAAUCAAACCACCUAACAAAAAUCAUGACUGUGGCUUUAACCAUAAUGUGCAUUGUUUCCCCUAUAUUCAUUUAGCAGCUGUGGCCUGCAGCUGCUAAAUAGUUGCCGCCACUCCAAAAUAAAUGAUUUUUUAUUUAAGUAAAUGUUUAUUUUGUUUUGAGAGAGAGAGAGAGAAAAUUGCGAUUGGUAAAACGUAUUCCGUGUAAACUUAAAGCUGCAAUAUGUUACGUUUUGGGCGACCCAACCAAAUUCACAUACAAAUAUGUGUUUAUAGAUCUGUCAUUCUCAUUGAAAGCAUGUCUAAGAAGUGGUAGAUCUGUUCUAUGUGCACUAUUUCUAUGCUUCCCGUUCUUAAGUUGAGUUUUUGCGUCUUUUACUUUCGGUUUUGUACACCAGCAUCAAACAGAAAUUAGGCGAACUAUUAGAAUUGUAGCAAUUUUAGCCUUUUCUGCACAGUGCAUCUUUAAAUGACUAAAACCAGAUAUAUAAAGUAUGUAGAAAAGAUAAUGGCACUUAAUAUAUUUUUAAUAAGAUCAUCUUUGAGAACUGACAAUCACAAAAAUAAAACUAGACUGUCAAGGAGAAUAAAACAUUUAAAAAAUGUGAUGGCAUGGGGCUCCCAUUGAUUUUGUUAUAAUAUUUGAUUCACUCCGAUGCAUAAGAACACAGCAUAAGCCGUGGCAAAAUGUGUAGAAUUGCAGGAAAUGAGCUUAAAACUAAACAAAAAUUAGGAAAUCUCUGCGGCCAAGAGGACAGCCUCUAAAAAUGUUCGUUCAGAGACCGCGCCAUUGGGCAUGGCCACAGAUUUAUACAUAGAUUUAAGUCAAAACUGUAACUUGGACACUGAGGAACAUUCACUGUCUUGGUAAGCAAUUCCAGUAGAUUUGGCCUUGUGUUUUAGGUUAUUGUCCUUCUGAAAGGUGAAUUCAUCUCCCAGUGUCUGGUGGAAAGCAGACUGAACCAGGUUUUCCUCUAGGAUUUUGCCUGUGCUUAGCUACAUUUUUCUUUUUUAUCAUUAACUCCCCAGUCCUUAACGAUUACAAGCAUACCCAUAACAUGAUGCAGCCACUACUAUGUUUGAAAAUAUGGAGCGUGGUACUCCAUAAUGUUUGGGACAGAUCCAAUACAACACAUAAUACUUUUUAUAUUCAGGACAAAAAGUGAAUUGCGAUGACACAUUUUUUGCAGUAUUACUUUAGUGCCUUCAUGCAAACAUGAUGCAUGUUUUGGAAUAUUUUCAUUCUGUACAUGCUUCCUUUUCACUCUGUCAAUUAGUUUAGUAUUGUGGAGUAAAACUACAAUGUUUUUUUCUUUCUCCUAUCACAGCCAUUAAACUCUAACUGUUUUAAUGUCACCAUUGGCCUCAUGGUGAAAUCCCUGAGCGGUUUCCUUCCUCUCCGGCAACUGAGUUAGAAAGGACGCCUGUAUCUUUGUAGUGACUGGGUGUAUUGAUACACCGUCCAAAGUAUAAUUAAUAACAUCACCAUGCUCAAAGGGAUAUUCAAUGUCUGCUUAUUUUUUAUUUUUUACCUAUCUACCAAUAGGUGCCCUUCUUUGCGAGGCAUUGGAAACCCUCCCUGGUUUUUGUGGUUGAAUCUGUGUUUUGAAAUUCACUGCUCGACUGAGGGACCUUACAGAUAAUUGUAUGUGUGGGGUACAGAGAUGAGGUAGUCAUUCAAAAAUCAUGUUAAACACUAUUAUUGCACACAGAGUGAGUCCAUGCAAUUUAUAUGACUUGCUAAGCAAAUUAUUUCUCCUGAACUUUAGGCUUUCCAUAAGAAAGGUGUUGAAUACUUAUCGACUCAAGACAUUUCAACUUUUCUUUUUUAAAUUAAUGAGUAAAAAUGGCAAAAAACAUUCCACUUUGACAUUAUGGGGUAUUGUGUGUGUGUGUGUUCUCUUAGCCCAUUUGUGGUUAUAGAUUAUUUUUGUUGUUGGUUGGAAUACAGUAUUGGUAGAUGUAGCGAAUUUCAACCAGAUAUUGGGGUUGUUCCAAAUUGGUUGAACUGCUUGUUUCGAAGGAAUAAAUCAGACAUUUUCGCCCAAAUAGCUUCCAUAUUCAGUUGUACAACAUGUACUGGAAUGUUGCAAUGCUAUAGUUUCUGGGAUAAGAACAGUGAACAAAAAUGUGCUCACUGAAUGUUUAUUUUAUAUACUUGGUGACCAUACUGCACGUUUUAUUUACCCUUUUCUGUUCAUGAUGUUCAUUCAGCUCAGUAUCUAACCUAUGGUCUUUAUAUGGUCCCUCAGGUUCAUUAUAACUAUGCAGAUGCAGGGUCUCUUCAUCCAUCCCUCUCAUCUCUCCUCUGUAGGUACUGUUUGAUGAGCGUGAAGGGCUGCUAUACUGACUUCCAUAUUGAUUUCGGGGGCACGUCUGUGUGGUAUCACGUUUUCAAGGGAGGGAAGGUAAGUUCAUGUAUUUUUUUUAUAGUAUGUGACAAACAUCAGUGCAUCCACCUGAGUCUCUGGUGUACCCUCCCCCAAUGCUGGUACUGUAUAUGUAUCAGAUUUCUGUAGAAGCGCUACAAAUUAACCUGUCCCCUGUUUGUCUCAGCGAUGGCUGCAGAAGUCACAGGAUUGUUGCUAGGGUGUCCGUAUGCACGCCUUUGAGGGAUCUCAUUAUAUAAACUGGCAAAGGUCAAGCUAGAGCAAGAAGAGGAAGAGAAACAUUGUGAUAGGAUAGUCAAAUCUACGAAAUGUGCUGACUUCUCUAAUAUAAGAUGUAACCUUGAGUACUGUUAACAUAGAAAUAUCACCCUUGUUUUAGAUGUUUACCAAAGCUGCAUCCCCAACUUUUCACACCCUGUCCUGUCCUCAGGUGUUCUGGCUGGUGCCUCCGACGCCUCAUAACCUUGCCCUGUAUGAGGACUGGGUUCUGUCAGGCAAGCAGAAUGACAUCUUCCUGGGAGACCGUGCAGAUGGCUGCCAGAGGGUGGAGCUGAAACAGGGCUACACCUUCUUCAUCCCCUCUGGUGAACUGCCUAGCAUUGAGUUUUGAUGUAUUCCUAUCAUAUUAUCGUUAAGAUUAUCGUAACAAACCAUACAGUACAUGCACUGCUUUAUUCAAGCAUGUGUUUGAGGACAUGUUUGGGCAUGCUAUGUCUGUCUAUGUUUUCAGUGGGUCAGCUGGUUCUCAUGAUGUUUGGCUGGCUGUCCUGUUUCAGGCUGGAUUCAUGCAGUCUACACCCCUGAGGACACGCUGGUGUUCGGCGGCAACAUUCUGCACAGCUUUAACAUUCCCAUGCAACUCUCUAUCUAUGAGAUAGAGAACAGGACUAAGGUAGGCUGUCAUACAGGUGUCCCACUUCUGACGCUUCAUUCCAGCUAUGACCAUUAGUAAAUCUAAACUGUGUCUCUACAAUGAAGAUGGAUGGGGAAACAGCCUUACCGCAUACAAACAAGUCAAGGUCACUUAGUUUGCUGCGUCAAUGAGUGUGAGAACUGAAUAGGCCCUUCCUCAGCCAUACCUCUUUUGGUUUUUACAGAUCUGAACAGGAUAGGUGAAGUAAUAUGAAAGAAGCUAGGGAUUGGAAUGGGACUGGGCAGGAAUGUAACACCGUAAGGCACACAAGUGCUGAAUGUGCAGUCAUUUGCAUUACCAUCCAAUUGAGAAGCAGACUGAUAUGCUAAUGGUUUGCAGAUGAGAAUGAGGGCUUUUCCCCCCCUGCUUUUAUUAAAAAUGCCAUCCAUAUUCAUGUGGAAAUGGAGUCUGUGACAGGAGUGCCUGUUUAAUCAGAAUACAGCUCUACAAGGACUGAAAUGAGUCAUGGAGCUUGUUUCAUAUUAGCAGCCAGGAAAGAGGGACAAGCCUGUAGGCCUAUUUGUUUAUCUCAUCUUUUCACACAAACUCCCAAGGGCUUCAUAUGUUGAUCAAAUAUUAUGUAUGACACCCGACAAGGCCCAAAUCCCUGUCAUUCGCAGGAGAAAGAGACAGAGAUAUCGUGGACGUAGGUUGGGGUGCCUCGUAAGGAUCCGACGGCGAGCGAGUAAACUGCCUCUUCCAUCAAUCCUAUUAGCCAAUCUUCAAUCAUUGGAAAUUAAAUUAGAUUACCUAAGAUUACGCUUAUCCUACCAACGGGACAUUAAAAACUGUAAUAUUUUAUGUUUCACCGAGUCGUGGCUGAACGACGACAUGGACAGCAUAGCUAGCGGGCUAUACGCUACAUCGGCAGGAUAGAACGUCUGACUCUGGUAAGACAAGGGGUGGCGGUUUGUGUAUAUUUGUAAACAACAGCUGGUGCACAAAAUCAAAUACUAAGGAAGUCUCGAGGUUUUGCUCGCCUGAGGUAGAAUAUCUUAUGAUAAGCUGUAGACCACACUAUUUACCAAGAGAGUUCAUCUAUAUUUUUCAUAGCUGUCUAUUUACCACCACAAACCAAUGCUGGCAUUAAGAUUGCACUCAAUGAGCUGUAUAAGGCCAUAACUAAACAGGAAAACGCUCAUCCAGAGGCAGCGUUCCUAGUGGCCGGGGACUUUAAUGCAGGGAAACUUAAAUCCGUUCGACCUCAUUUCUACCAGCAUGUUAAAUGUGCAACCAGAGGAAAAAAACUCUAGACCACCUUUACUCCACACACAGAGACACAUACAAAGAUCUCCUUCGCCCUCCAUUUGGCAAAUCUGACCGUAACUGUAUCCUCCUGAUUCCUGCUUAUAAGCAAAAACUAAAGCAGGAAACACCAGUGACUCGGUUAAUAAAAAAAAGUGGUCAGAUGACGCAGAUGCUAAGCUACAGGACUGUUUUGCUAGCACAGACUGGAACAUGUUCCGGGAUUCUUCAGAUAGCAUUGAGGAGUACACCACAUCAGUCACUGGCUUCAUCAAUAAGUGCAUCGAUGACGUCGUCCCCACAGUGACCGUACGUACAUACCCCAACCAGAAGCCAUGGAUUACAGGCAACAUCCGCACUGAGCUAAAGGGUAGAGCUGCCGCUUUCAAGGAGCGGGACUCUAACCUGGACGCUUAUAAGAAAUCCCGCUAUGCCCUCCGACGAACCAUCAAACAGGCAAAGAGUCAAUACAGGACAAAGAUUGAAUCGUACUACACCGGCUCUGACGCUCGUCGGAUGUUGCAGGGCUUGAAAACUAUUACAGACUACAAAGGGAAGCCAGACGCGAGCUUCCCAGUGACACAAGCCUACCAGACGAGCUAAACCACUUCUAUGCUCGCUUUGAGGCAAGCAACACUGAAGCAUGCAUGAGAGCACCAGCUGUUCCGGAUGACUAUGUAAUCAUGCUCUCCGUAGCUGAUGUUCACAAGGCCGCAGGGCCAGACAGAUUACCAGGACGUGUACUCCGGUCAUGUGCUGACCAACUGGCAAGUGUCUUCACCGACAUUUUCAACAUGUCCCUGACUGAGUCUGUAAUAUGUUUCAAGCAGACCACCAUAGUCCACGUGCCCAAGAACACUAAGAUAACCUGUCUAAAUGACUACCGACCUGUAGCACUGACGUCUGUAGCCAUGAAGUGCUUUGAAAGGCUGGUCAUGGCUCACAUCAACACCAUUAUCCCAGAAACCCUAGACCCACUCCAAUUUGCAUACCGCCCCAACAGAUCCACAGAUGAUGCAAUCUCUAUUGCACUCCACACUGCCCUUACCCACCUGGACAAGAGGAACACCUACGUGAGAAUGCUAUUCAUUGACUACAGCUCAGCGUUCAACACCAUAGUGCCCUCAAAGCUCAUCACUAAGCUAAGGAUCCUGGGACUAAACACCUCCCUCUGCAACUGGAUCCUGGACUUCCUGACGGGCCGCCCCCAGGUGGUAAGGGUAGGUAGCAACACAUCUGCCACGCUGCUCCUCAACACGGGGGCCCCUCAGGGGUGCGUGCUCAGUCCCCUCCUGUACUCCCUGUUCACCCAUGACUGCAUGGCCAGGCACGACUCCAACACCAUCAUUAAGUUUGCCGACGACACAACAGUGGUAGGCCUGAUCACCGACAACGAUGAGACAGCCUAUAGGGAGGAGGUCAGAGACCUGGCCGUGUGGUGCCAGGAUGACAACCUCUCCCUCAACGUGACCAAGACAAAGGAGAUGAUUGUGGACCACAGCGGGAAAAAAAUAGGACUGAGAACGCCCCCAUUCUCAUCGACGGGGCUGUAGUGGAACAGGUUGAGAGCUUCAAGUUCCUUGGUGUCCACAUCACCAACGAACUGUCAUGGCCCAAACACACCAAGACAGUCGUGAAGAGGGCACGACAAAGCCUAUUCCCCCUCAGGAGACUGAAAAUAAUUGGUAUGGGUCCUCAGAUCCUCAAAAAGUUAUACAGCUGCACCAUCGAGAGCCUCCUGACUGGUUGCAUUACCGCCUGGUAUGGCAACUGCUUGGCCUCCGACCGCAAGGCACUACAGAGGGUAGUGCGUACGGCCCAGUACAUCACUGGGGCCAAGCUUCCUGCCAUCCAGGACCUCUAUACCAGGCAGUGUCAGAGGAAGGCCCUCAAAAUUGUCAGACUCCAGCCACCCUAGUCAUAGACUGUUCUCUCUGCUACCGCACGGCAAGCGGUACCGGAGCGCCAAGUCUAGGUCCAAAAGGCUUCUCAACAGCUUCUACCCCCAAGCCAUAAGACUCCUGAACAGCUAAUCAUGGCUACCCAGACUAUUUGCACUGCCCCCCCACCCCCACCCCAUAUUUUUACGCUGCUGCUACUCUGUUAAUUAUUUAUGCAUAGUCACUUUAACUCUACCCACAUGUACAUAUUACCUCAACUAGCUGGUGCCCCCGCACAUUGACUCUGCACCGGUACCCCCCUGUAUAUAGCCUCCCUACUGUUUUUACUUCUGCUCUUUUUUUCUCCACCUUUUUGUUGUUUUAUUUUACAUUUUUAUUGAGAAAUAAAUGCGUUGUUGGUUAAGGGCUGUAAGUAAGCAUUUCAUGGUAAUGUCUACACCUGUUGUAUUCGGCGCAUGUGGCAAAUAAAAUUUGAUUUGAUUUUGUGUGUAUGCAUGUGUUUGUACUGUAUGACCUAUACAGAGGGAUGCCUAGAAAGAUUUCACCCUCCUUAUUCUGAUAUUCUUUACAAUAAUAUGAUCAGAGUAGUUAUUGUAAUGAUAUGGAUGCAAGUCCUGCAGGCUUUGCGAUUUAUAUGGAUACUUGGUUGAAUGUGGCUUUCUCAGAUAUGAUGGAUAGCUGGUAGGAAGCUUCAGCUUUGCAGGUAGUAUAGUACUAUUUUUGUUUCUGCUGGAGAAGAGGCAUGAGCAAAACAACAGCGACAGUUUCAUAUGCUCCCCAGGGCUGGGCACGUUAUGUUCGCUCUAUUUUUACACCUGAAGAUAGAAAUGGUGUUAGAGAAAGGAAAUGAUCAUCACUUUUGAAAACAAAACCCUUGUUGGCAAUCACAGAGGUCAGACGUUUCUUGUUGUUGGCCACCAGGUUAGCACACAUCUCAGGAGGGAAAAAAUUGUAGGAGAUUAAACAUGGUAAUGACUACUCUCGUUGUCUUUUUAUUAAGCCUUUUGUUCUCUCAGAUUGUGAAAGUUUCUUUCCAAACUCGUUUCAGGUUAAUUCCAAGUUCCGCUACCCAUUCUACCAUGAGAUGUGCUGGUAUGUCCUGGAGAGGUACGUGCACUGUCUGACCAAGCGUUCCCAUCUCACUCCGGAGUUCCGUAGAGAGCCUCUGCUAAUCGGUGAGUGAGCCCAGCUAAUGGCGCUAUUUAACCCCGAGUGUGUCUAUGAAUACUGGUUCUAUCCUGAGAGCUCUUAUGGGGAGCCUUGCCUUGCACUCUUGUUGUAAUUAAAUCAAAUCAUAUGUUAUUUGUCACAUGCGCCAAAUACAACCGGUGUAGACUUUACAGUGAAAUGCUUACUUAACCAACAAUGCAGUUUUAAGAAAAAAUAUGUUUUAAGUGAAAGAUAGAUCAGUAAAACAUUUAAGAGUUGCAGUAAAAUAACAGUAGUGAGGCUGUAUACAGGGGGUACCGGUACAGAGUCAAUGUGCGGGGGCACAGGUUAGUCGAGGUAAUUGAGGUAAUAUGUACAUGUAGGUAGAGUUAAAGUGACUAUGCAUAGAUAAUAAACAGAGAUAAACAGAUAGUAGCAGCAGCGUAAAAGAGGGGGUGGGGACAAUGCAUAUAGUCCGGGUAGCCAUUUGAUUAGCUGUUCAUGAGUCUUAUGGCUUGUGGGGUAGAAGCUGUUAAGAAGCCUUUUGGACCUAGACUUGGCACUCCGGUAUCGCUGGCUGGAGUCUUUUGAUAAUUUUUAGGGCCUUCCUCUGACACCGCCUGGAAUAGAGGUCCUGGAUGGCAGGAAGCUUGGCCUCAGUGAUGUACUGGGCCGUAUGCACUACCCUCUGUAGUGCCUUGCGGUCGGAGGCUGAGCAGUUGCCAUACCAGGCAGUGAUGCAACCAGUCAGGAUGCUCUCGAUGGUGCAGCUGUAGAACGUUUUGAGGAUCUGAGGACCUACAGUAAGGGGGAAAAAGUAUUUGAUCCCCUGCUGAUUUUGUACGUUUGCCCACUGACAAAGACAUGAUCAGUCAAAAAUGUUAUAAAUUGAUUUGCAUUUUAAUGAGGGAAAUAAUUAUUUGACCCCCUCUCAAUCAGAAAGAUUUCUGGCUCCCAGGUGUCUUUUAUACAGGUAAUGAGCUGAGAUUAGGAGCACACUCUUAAAGGGAGUGCUCCUAAUCUGAGCUUGUUACCUGUAUAAAAGACACCUGUCCACAGAAGCAAUCAAUCAAUCAGAUUCCAAACUCUCCACCAUGGCCAAGACCAAAGAGUUCUCCAAGGAUGUCAGGGACAAGAUUGUAGACCUACACAAGGCUGGAAUGGGCUACAAGGCCAUCGCCAAGCAGCUUGGUGAGAAGGUGACAACAGUUGGUGCGAUUAUUCGCAAAUGGAAGAAACACAAAAUAACUGUCAGUCUCCCUCGGCCUGGGGCUCCAUGCAAGAUCUCACCUCGUGGAGUUACAAUGAUCAUGAGAACGGUGAGGAAUCAGCCCAGAACUACACGGGAGGAUCUUGUCAAUGUUCUCAAGGCAGCUGGGACCAUAGUCACCAAGAAAACAAUUGGUAACACACUGAGCCGCGAAGGACUGAAAUCCUGCAGCGCCCGCAAGGUCCCCCUGCUCAAGAAAGCACAUAUACAGGCCCGUCUGAAGUUUUGCCAAUGAACAUCUGAAUGAUUUAGAGGAGAACUGGGUGAAAGUGUUGUGGUCAGAUGAGACCAAAAUCGAGCUCUUUGCCAUCAACUCAACUCGCCGUGUUUGGAGGAGGAGGAAUGCUGACUAUGACCUCAAGAACACCAUCCCUACCGUCAAACAUGGAGGUGGAAACAUUAUGCUUUGGGGGUGUUUUUCUGCUAAGGGGACAGGACAACUUCACUGCAUCAAAGGGACGAUGGACGGGGCCAUGUACCGUCAAAUCUUGGGUGAGAACCUCCUUCCCUCAGCCAGGGCAUUGAAAAUGAGUCAUGGAUGGGUAUUCCAGCAUGACAAUGACCCAAAACACACGGCUAAGGCAACAAAGGAGUGGCUCAAGAAGAAGCACAUUAAGGUCCUGGAGUGGCCUUGCCAGUCUCCAGACCUUAAUGCCAUAGAAAAUCUGUGGAGGGAGCUGAAGGUUCGAGUUGCCAAACGUCAGCCUCGAAACCUUAAUGACUUGGAGAAGAUCUGCAAAGAGGAGUGGGACAAAAUCCCUCCUGAGAUGUGUGCAAACUUGGUGGCCAACUACAAGAAACGUCUGACCUCUGUGAUCGCCAACAAGGGUUUUGCCACCAAGUACUAAGUCAUGUUUUGCAGAGGGGUCAAAUACUUAUUUCCCUCAUUUAAAAUGCAAAUCAAUUUAUAACAUUUUUGACAUGCAUUUUUCUUGAUUUUUUUGUUGUUAUUCUGUGUCUCACUGUUCAAAUAAACCUACCAUUAAAAUUAUAGACUGAUUAUGGCUUUGUCAGUGGGCAAACGUACAAAAUCAGCAGGGGAUCAAAUACUUUUUUUCCCUCACUGUAUGCCAAAUCUUUUCAGUCUCCUGAGGGGGAAUAGGCUUUGUCGUGCCCUCUUCAUGACUGUCUUGGUGUGUUUGGACCAUGAUAGUUUGUUGGAUGUGGACACCAAGGAACUUGAAUCUCUCAACCUGCUCCCCUACAGCCCCGUCGAUUACCACUCACAAGUGGGUAAUGCUCUUAUCCUUUGGAAAGAGCCAAUGAUAUGACACAUCUGUUUAAUCAGUGAGAUUGCCUUCUCAUAGAAAUGAGGAUGAUGAUAAUAAUAUUAUAAUAAUAUUCCAUUUAGCAGACGCUUUUAUCCAAAGCGAUUUACAGUCAUGUGUGCAUACAUUUUUACGUAUGGGUGGUCCCGGGGAUCGAACCCACUACCCUGGCGUUACAAGCGCCAUGCUCUACCAAUUGAGCUACAGAGGACCACAAUAGCAUGAUGAAAGUGACUGAAAUUAUAAUCUGACCGCAAUGGUUACACAGCAGAUUGGUUCCCUCAUCUUUGCUCAUCCUCCUUCUCUUCCUCAGACUUGGAGACUAAGAUGAGCACAGAGAGCCCCUCCUCUGACUCCCGGAGUCAGGACAUGGACGAGGAGGACUCCUGCGAGACGCAGCAGGGACGAGGUGAACAGGGUGACCGGUCUGCAUUUGAUGAUCCCUGCUCUCCUGAUAACAGGAAGGGUAAUCCCAGCGGCCCUCAGCACCUCAAAGCUGCCUUGUCCAAUGACUCUGAAGACAGCUGCAUCCCCACCUCCACCCAGCCUCCAGAGUUCCCCAAAACCCCCUUUGCCUCGCCAGUCUCAGAGUCUCAGAGUAAAUGGACUCAUCUGACUGAGUUUGAACUAAAGGGCCUCAAGGCCCUUGUGGAGAAACUGGAAGCACUCCCCGAAAAUAAGAAGUGUGUUCCAGAUGGCAUCAAGGACCCCCAGGCCCUGCUGGAUGACAUGAAGGUAUGUGCCUCAUCCAACUUAGUUCUCAUGUAUUUUCUGUCUUGUGUAUACACUACCGUUCAAAAGUUUGGGGUCACUUAGAAAUGUCCUUGUUUUCCAUGAAAACAUACAUGAAAUGAGUUUGAAUAGGAAAUAUAGCAAAAUGCAUAGGAAAUAAUGAUUUUUAAUAAAAAUAAUAAUUGUGUCCUUCAAACUUUGCUUUCGUCAAAGAAUCCUCCAUUUGCAGCAAUUACAGCUCUGUCCAUAGGAGAAACUGCUGCCAAUAGGAUGGGGAUCUGUGUGUGUGAUUAUGUGAGUGUCUCACAGGUUCAGCAGAUGGGCCCUCAGUUUAUGAUAAUUGCAACAGACGGGGGUGGAGAUAGUUCUAUCAUAAACAUCUGUGAAUGUGUAGGAGGCCUAUAUUUGCUUUUUUGUGUUUAUUUGUCUGUGUUUGCAAGUCUGGCAUUCAUAAUCUAAAGAGAGUGAAUAUGAAGUCUGUAAGCCAUACAGUAUUAUGUGUCAUGUUCCGUUGAGUGUAGAUGAUAUUUGUCUAUACAACGGGUGGGUCUAAUCCUGGACGCUGAUUGGUUAAAACCGCAUUCCAGCUGGUGUCUAUUCCACAAAUUACCACCGGCUAAAGCUAUGACGUUGAAAUGCCUAUUUAAUCUGUUCCAUCUCACUGCGCAAUUCACUGUCUCAUCAGCCCAGCCAGGCAAUUUAUAAACUUGAUCUCCACUAUAAAAAGCAUCUAGACAUUAUCUCGGGACGAGACAGACAGACAGGCAGACAGCUUUUCUCAACCAGUCGAAAUCAUGAAUCAGCUGGCAUCAUUUUUAUGGAUGGAUAUAUAUAUAUAUAUAUAUAUAUAUAUAUAUAUAUAUAUAUAUAUAUAUAUAUAUAUAUAGUUUGGGGUCACUUAGAAAUGUCCUUGUUUUCCAUGAAAUGAGUUUGAAUAAGAAAUAUAGCAAAAUGCAUAGGAAAUGUAGUCAUUGACAAGGUUAGAAUGAUUUUUAAUUGAAAUAAUAAUUAUCCUUCAAACUUUGCUUUCAUCAAAGAAUCCUCCAUUUGCAGCAAUUACAGCCUUGCAGACCUUUGGCAUUCUAGUUGUCAAUUUGUUGAGGUAAUCUGAAGAGAUUUCACCCCAUGCUUCCUGAAGCACCUCCCACAAGUUGGAUUGGCUUGAUGGGCACUUCUUACGUACCAUACGGUCAAGCUGCUCCCACAACAGCUCAAUAGGGUUGAGAUUCAGUGACUGUGCUGGCCACUCCAUUAUAGACAGAAUACCAGCUGACUGCUUCUUCCCUAAAUAGUUAUUGCAUAGUUUGGAGCUGUGCUUUGGGUCAUUGUCCUGUUGUAGGAGGAAAUUGGCUCCAAUCAAGCACCGUCCACAGGGUAUGGCAUGGCGUUGCGAAAUGGAGUGAUAGCCUUCCUUCUUCAAGAUCCCUUUUACCCUGUUCAAAUCUCCCACUUUACCACCACCAAAGCACCCCUAGACCAUCACAUUGCCUCAACCAUGCUUGACAGAUGGCAUCAAGCACUCCUCCAGCAUCUUUUAAUUUGGUCUGCGUCUCACAAAUGUUCUUCUUUGUGAUCCGAACACCUCAAACUUCGAUUCGUCUGUCCAUAACACUUUUUCCCAAUCUUCCUCUGUCCAGUGUCUGUGUUCUUUUGCCCAUCUUAAUCUUUUCUUUUUAUUGGCCAGUCUGAGAUAUGGCUUUUUCUUUGCAACUCUGCCUAGAAGGUCAGCAUCCUGGAGUCGCCUCUUCACUGUUGACGUUGAGACUGGUGUUUUGCGGGUACUAUUUAAUGAAGCUGCCAGUUGAGGACCUGUGAGGCGUCUGUUUCUCAAACUAGACACUAAUGUAUUUGUCCUCUUGCUCAGUUGUGCACCGGGGCCUCCCACUCCUCUUUCUAUUCUGGUUAGAUCCAGUUUGCACUGUUCUGUGAAGGGAGUAGUACCCAGCGUUGUACGAGAUCUUCAGUUUCUUGGCAAUUUCUCGCAUGGAAUAGCCUUCAUUUCUCAGAACAAGAAUAGAGUUUCAGAAGAAAGUUCUUUGUUUCUGGCCAUUUUGAGCCUGUAAUCAAACCCACAAUUGCUGAUGCUCCAGAUACUCAACUAGUCUCAAGAAGGCCAGUUUGAUUGCUUCUUUAAUCAGCACAACAGUUUUCAGCUGUGCUAACAUAAUUGCAAAAGGGUUUUCUAAUGAUCAAUUAGCCUUCUAAAAUGAUAAUCUUGGAUUAGCAAACACAACGUGCCAUUGGAACACAGGACUGCUGGGUUGCUGAUAAUGGGCCUCUGUACACCUAUGUAGAUAUUCCAUAAAAAAUCAGCCGUUUCCAGCUACAAUAGCCAUUUACAACAUUAACAAUGUCUGCACUGUAUUUCUGAUCAAUUUGAUGUUAUUUUAAUGGACAAAAUAAUUGUUUUUCUUUCGAAAACAAGGACAUUUCUAAGUGACCACAAACUUUUGAAUGGUAGUGUAUAUCUGGAUGUACAAGUACAAAACACAGGAACAUACUUUACUCUUCUAUCCGUUCCCCAGGUUGUCUUGAAGGAACAUGAAGACGAUGAUCCCAAAAUGGCUGCUACUGGAGUACCUGUGGUGUUCUGGCCCAAGAAGUCUGCCAAG